GUUCCGCCCCCAAGUCGACAGUCAACUUGCCUCCUCUGCGCGGGCCAAGCUGGGUGUAGGUGGGUGCCUGGUCCAGAGGCUGAGGCGAGGCUCCCGCGUUCCCAUCGCCCUGCAGGUGGGCAAGGACAGCCAGCAGGCGGGGGCUCGGGCUGGCCUGCCUCAGCUUCUGGCCAAGGGCGCCAAUGAUGCCGCGACACCUGGGAGGAGGGAUAGUGGAGGAGGCAGCGGUCUCAGCCACAAGGGCCACCCAGCAGCGGGAGAACCCGUGGGAGGGACAAGCCGCUGGCGGCGACGCGGCCUUGGGAGGCAUGGAUGUGAAGGACGAUGACCUUUAGGUUUUUGCCCAGAGUUAGCCCUCGCCGCCUGUGUGUCCACUCACACCCGCAACCCGGUGAGGCCUGUCGCGGCGAGGCCCGUAGCCUUUUCCAGGCUGGCCCUCUAAAGCUGUGGUGGUGCUAUGCGUCCACUCUGGGUGUCCUGGCGCAUGGCUGGAACUGCCAACUCGCGCCGUGCAUGGGGCAGUUCUCAGUUUGGAUAGCGGCACGGGACAGGUCACACGCUGGCACUCGCGGCUUCAGGACACUCCAGGACACUCCGAAGCAAGGUCUGUCGUCUUCUUCUGACCAUCCGGCCACUGCCCCAGCUGAAUGGGGCUGAGUUUGUCUGUUUUCUCUCCCUGAGAGUAAGUUAGGGAGACUCCAGACCGGGGCUGCCUCCUGCCUACCGCGGAUUCCAAGGUGGUUCACAGCCCAGAUGGCUGACAAGUCCUGCUCCCCGACUCCGGGUGAGACGCCUCUGACCUUCCAGGAUGUGGCUGUGUACUUCUCCAGGGCAGAAGGGCAGCAGCUUAGCCCCCAGGAGCGGGCGCUGUACCGGGAUGUGAUGUUGGAGAACUAUGGGAACGUGGCUUCACUGGGAUUCCCAGGCCCUAAGCCAGAACUGAUCUCCCAGCUGGAGCAAGAGGAGGAGCUGUGGGUCCUGGAUCUUCUCGGGGCUGAAGAACCAGAAGUCUUGAGACGUUGCCAGACAGAUUCUGAGAUCGAGACCGAGAAGGAGCUAUCCAUUUUAAACCAGAAAUGUUUCGAAGAAAUAAAAACCCCAGAAUUCAUAUCACAGAAAUUCCCAAGGGCUGAUUCACAGGCGUCUGAGUCCCAGGAAGCUUGUGCCCAUGAAGGUCAGGGAGAUGGGAGCCACGGAAGCUCUGCUACUCAGGGUUUGAAGAGCGUUGCUAAAAAGGACGCUACGGUCUGUAGGGAGCAGCUUCCGGAGAACGCCCAGACUUCUGCAUUUGACAAACCCUUGAAUCCCAGCCAAAGUGUUGUUACAAUUCAAAGAAAUAAAGCAGGACAGAGAAUCUUUAAAUGUGACAUAUGCAAUAAAACGUUUAAAUAUAAUUCAGACCUAAGUCGGCACCGCAGGAGUCACACUGGGGAAAAGCCUUAUGAAUGUGGUCCGUGUGGGCGGGCCUUUACACACAGCUCAAAUCUUAUUCUUCACCAGCGAAUUCACACUGGGAAUAAACCAUUUAAGUGCGAGGAAUGUGGGAAAACUUUUGGGCUCAAUUCCUACCUCCGUCUGCAUCAGAGAAUUCACACCGGAGAAAAGCCGUUUGGGUGUAAGGAGUGUGGGAAGGCCUUCAGUAGAAGCUCAAGUCUCAUUCAGCACCGAAUAAUACACACCGGGGAGAAACCCUACAAGUGUGAUGAGUGUGGGAAAGCCUUCAGCCAAAGCCCCCAGUUAACUCAGCACCAGAGGAUCCACACCGGGGAGAAGCCCCACGGCUGCACUUGGUGUGGAAAGGCUUUCAGUCGGAAUGCGAGCCUUAUUCAGCACCAGAGGAUCCACACGGGGGAGAAGCCCCACAAGUGCGCUCAGUGCGGGAAAGCCUUCAGCCAGAGCUCCAGCCUGUUCCUUCACCACAGGGUCCACACUGGCGAGAAGCCCUACGUGUGUGGGGAAUGUGGCCGGGCCUUUGGCUUCAAUUCUCAUCUUACCGAGCACGUUAGGAUUCACACCGGGGAGAAGCCCUAUGUGUGCGGCGAGUGUGGCAAAGCCUUCAGCCGGAGUUCCACGCUGAUGCAGCACCGCAGAGUGCACACCGGGGAGAAGCCCUAUCAGUGCACGGAGUGUGGGAAGGCCUUCAUCCAGAGCUCCCAGCUCACCCUCCACCAGCGUGUUCACACCGGGGAGAAGCCUUACGAGUGUGGGCUCUGUGGGAAGGCCUUCAGCAGGAGGUCAGCCCUCACUCAGCACCAGCGGGUCCACAUGGGUGAGAACCCACAGGAAUUUGAGUGUGGCCCCGAUUUUGUUUAUGACUCCCGCCAUCUGUCCGCUGGAGAGCGACAUGGCAGGGCCUUCAGCCACAGUGCGAAACUUGUCCUGCAGUGGACGAUUCGAAGUGAUGAGAAAUCCCGGGGUUGUCAUGAGUGUGGGAAAACUUACAGCCCUUCCUCACAGUCCGUGGACUAUCAGAAAAGUCAGGCUGGGGAGAAACCCUACAAAUGCCACGAAUGUGGUGGUAAAGCCCGUAGUGGGGUGUCGCCCCUUACUCCACACCACGUGACGCGUGUUGGAGAGAAGCCACAAUUGAAGGACGGAUCUGAAAGAUACUUAAUUCAAAUCAAAAAGAUUUUCCAAGAAAGAGAUUUUUAAUGUGACAAAUGUGGAAAAACGCUUAGAAACGUUGCUUUAUAUUGGGCAGGAUUGCAUAAUGCAAGUUAAAUGAACUGUUUCUAACAGACUUGAAGCUCAAGUUAGGAGGCUGGGGCUGUGUACCCUAUUGUGUCCACCCAACCCACACCCCAUGCCCAAGGUCCUGACCCACUCAGAACAGCAGGCCACCUUAGCAUCAGGUCUUAGCAUCCCACCUUUUAUCACAGGGUUGAAUUCCCACACUAAAGAGCAGUUGAUGGGAGGUUUCAAGAUGAGGACGUAGCUCUUCAUUGGCGAUUUUAAGAGAGAAACCCAGAGAACUGGGGGAUUUGGCUUGUCUCAUUUGAGAGUACCGAUGAUGCUAAGGAAAGAUAUGGCCAUGAUUGGCAAGCAUGUGGAUGGUUUGGGGACCGAGGUGUCUCUGUCAGUGGCUGGUGGGACUAAAUGUAGGUCCUCUAGGUGCAGAGGAGACGGAAGCUUUGGGGGACAGCCACUGUGAGGUGAAGGGUGGAGGCUGCAGAGACAUCAGCACAAACUGACAGCUGUCAGGUGGCCAGCAGUGACAAGGACAGCUACAAAGAGUAAAACUGCUGGAGAUUGUCCUGAUGGCUGUAAUUUAAAGAUCUUUUGGUCCUCACUGAAUUAGUCAUGUGCAGUGUAUAAAUGUUGUAAUUUCCAUUCUCCUCUGCCAACACAGCCUGACUCCCAGGUAUCCUCAUUACCAGACUGUCCUUUUUAACAAAGUGCUGUCUGUGUUCUGUUUUUUAAAAGUCUUGCCAGGCACUCGAGUGACAGAGACAGGUGGAUCUCUCUGAGUUUGAGGUCCCAGAUCAGCCAGGGCUACAUAGACCCUGUCUCAAAAAAAAAAAAAAAAAAAGUUUUGAAAAGCAUUUUAGAUUUUACUUUUUGUUUUUACUAUGACUCCUUGUUUGUUUGUUUCUUACUGAUUUUGGUUUGUUUUGUUUUUGUUGUUGUUUUGAUGGGGGGUUGGUUGUAUUCCCCCUUUUCACCUUCUACUGGGUUUAUCCUGUGAGGUUGGGUGCCUCCACUCUGACAGCAAAUGGAUUCAGAAUCUACCCUUUUGUUCCUUUGGAAGUUGAGCAAGCUGUGGUUUUCUCCAACUCCAUACAACAUUUCUCAGUAAAGCGUGGUUGGAUGGACACUAGUUGGCAGCAGAGCUGCCUGAAUCUGGCCUACAUACUCACCGCGCUGUGUGUACCCCAGGGUCAGUGCGGACACUGGGAGGUUCCUGAUGGUGUUAUUUAUAUUGUACUUUUUUUUACUGCAAGAUGUACACAAAUAAGCCAUCAAUGUUGUAUUUGCAGUGGCUAAGGAAUUCUUACACCCAGUUUCCUUGGACUUAAUGAAGCCAAUUAAAAAACUGUGAAAAUCAA